GUUCUGUGAACAAGAUCAAUCACCAACAUUCGAUUGGACCUUACUGUGUUGAGCAAGAACUCCAAGAAAAUGGAGAGCUCAUUCCGCAAGAGUUGCUCGCUCUUGUCAGCCAGGGGCGUGUAUCUGGUUCUCCUGGUGUGGGGGUCCGUGUGUAGGGGGAGCCAGGGCGCCGACCCCGUGGUGGAGCUGGGGGUGGACGAGGAGACCAACGUCGGCAUCGAGCUGGGGAGUCUGGGGGACGAUUCGGUGCUCCCCCUGGGGCUGGACGCCUCCGUCAGGGGCUCGCUGAGGUACAGCCUGCUGCCUCAAGGUUACCCAAGGUCAUCGUUGUUCAGGGUGGAUGAAUACACCGGACAGGUGUUCACCAAAGAGAGAAUCGACAGAGAAAGCUUGUGCGGCUCGGAUAAAAAAUGCGACCUCGACCUCCAGGUCGCGGUCCAGUCGGCGGUCACCCAGUUCUUCAAGAAGGUCAAGGUCACGGUCAGGGUCGCGGACAUGAACGACAACGCGCCCCGCUUCCCCCGCCCCUCCAUUCAGCUGAACGUCAUGGAGAACGCCGCCGUUGGCACCACACUCCUCCUGGAGGCCGCCACCGACCUUGACAGUGACGUGUACGGGGUCAAGGAAUACGAGCUGACCCCGACCAGCGGCCCCUUUUAUGUCAACGCGAGUAAAGGCGAGGACGGCAGGAGCGUGGUGAGUCUCGUGCUGCGCCAGGAGCUGGACAGAGAGACCAGGUCGGUCAUCACCUUCACGCUGACCGCCAAAGAUGGCGGCCAGCCCCCUCUCUCCGGCACCGUGGCCAUUGUGGUCAACGUGGAGGACGUCAACGACAACGCUCCGGUCUUUGACAACUCUCUGUACAACGUCAGCCUGCCGGAGAUCGCCGCUAUCGGAACCAGAGUCAUCAUCGUGACAGCCACUGACCUUGACACCCCACCCUACGGGAUCAAGGAGUAUCGUUUUGCUUCAGUCAACCGUGAAGACGUGACGAAAUAUUUCGCUAUGAACUCGUCCACAGGGGAGAUGGUGGUGAGCGGGUCUUUGUUGGAGAAACAGGGCGAGACAUUCAGGAUAUUUGUAGAGUGCCUGGACAAAGGGUUACCGCCCCUGGUCUCUCGAGCGGAAGUGGAUGUGACGGUGGAGGACACAGUCAACAGUGCGCCAUCCAUCAACACCAACAUCAUGUUUGGCGGCUCUGUGUCGGAGUUGGCCCAAUCAGGUACAGUGGUGGCACUGAUUGACGUCAUAGACCGUGACGCAGGUCUCAACGGCAUCGUCUCCUGCUCCAUCGUCAGCGACGCCUUCGAGCUGCAGCCCCUGUCUAUCAACGAGUACAAGGUCAUCGUGGUCAAGCCCCUGGACAGGGAGGCCGAACCUGUGCACAACGUCACCAUUUUCUGUGAAGACGCCGGCAGUCCCCGGAUGUCUGAUUCUGUGAACUUCAUGAUCAAGGUGAAGGACGAAAACGACAACGCCCCCUACUUCACGGAGCAGGUGUACCAAAAGUCGGUGCCGGAAAACAACCGGCCCGGUCAGAUCGUUGUCAAAGUCUCCGCCAACGACAACGACAGCGGCGACAACGCCCGCAUCACCUACACCCUCAUCGACGCCCCGGAGCAGCUGAGAAUCGACCCCCGGGGCAACAUCAUCGCCGUGAAACCCCUGGACCACGAGACCCAGCCGGUGCUUAAGUUCAAGGUCAUGGCCAGCGACAACGGCGUCCCGCGGCUGUCGACGACGGCGGAUGUUCUUAUCGAAGUCACGGACAUCAACGACGAGGUCCCUGUCUUUGAGAAACCUUCCUACGUGUUUGAAGUGAUGGAGAACAUGCAGGAGAACACCACCGUCGGACAGCUGACCGCCACAGACAACGACAGCGGUGAGAACGGCGCCAUUUCCUACUCCAUCUCCCCCACCCUCACCCCUUUCCAAAUCCUCCCCAACGGUCUGAUCGUCGCCCGGGAAACGCUGGACCGCGAGCAGAGGUCAUCGUACAGCCUGACGGUCUACGCUGAAGAUCACGGCAAGCCGGCGCUGACCGGAAGUGCCAGUGUUUUGAUUAAAAUUGGCGACCAGAAUGACCACAAGCCCAGAAUCAUAUACCCACGUAGCGGGAACAGUACGGUUGCUGUAGCUUUUGAUGCCAAGCCUGGAGCGGUUGUGUUGAGUAUUCUCGCGGAGGAUGAAGACGACGGGUCGAACAAGGAACUCGAGUACCAUCUUGCCUCGAGUUCCGGACGCUCGAUGUUCGAACUAUCAAAAGUCAAAGGUGAUUUGAUUCUUAGUCGGGCUUUAACUUCCCAAGACGCAGGGCGUCAUAGGUUAACUGUUGUCGUCACCGACAAAAGCGCCACCUACCCGCUUGUAUCCAAUACCACAUUCGACGUCAUCAUAUUCGCGCCCAACGAAACCGAGGCUGCAGGGCGGGAUAAAGAGAAAGAGCACGUGAUGGUGGUCAUCAUCCUGGGCGUGGUCACCGGCAUCGUCACCGUCGCCGUCAUCAUCACCAUCGUCGUCAUCCGGCGCGCGGACAUCCAUCGCCGGAAGUACAUCCAGAGCCGGACCAAACCCCCGCCGGAUGUGGAGAGGCUGGAGACGGAGAAGGUCAGCGUGGGGUUCGUCAUCAGCAACACGGUGCAGGACGGAUCGAAAACGAGGGGGAACAAAGAUGGCGGGGAUGACGCGUCGCGUGACGUCACACAAGAUGAAGGAUUUGCGGACAAAUCGCUGAACUCUUCGCAAGGGUCAGGGACGACAGUGGAGCAAUCUGAUUGGUCAAAAGCUCUGAGACUUCACCAGGAUUUGCUGAAGCUCCAUGGCGUAGAUGCAGCGUUUCUAAUGCAGGCGUCAAAAGGAGAUGACGUCACGAGCGAUGGAUCUGGCGAGAGUACCACAUGUGACAGUGGGCGUGGCGGAAGUGAAGAGGAGAACGGAAGCCACGGGAGGGCGUCGCCCGUUAAUAAGGAUAUUUCUCUCUUCAACAACCUGAACAACCCCCCUCGACCACUCCGCCAACCCUCUGGUCCAAGGGUUGCCAACAUUCCACGCUCGGGACUUCCCCUGGCCUUGACCCGCCAGCAAGGUCAACCCCACGAGCUCAAGUCCCCCUCCCAGUCCAGCCGCUGCGGGGUCGGGCCCGUCAAACACGUGUCCUUCCGGGAAGAUUUCCGUGGCGAUUGGCCGGAGCUCCUUCCGCCCCAGGCCCGCGUCCAGCCAGUGUCCGGCGAAAGAUGGGGAUCUACAUUCGGAGUGGACGUCCACAAAGGCAAUCUUCGCGGGGACCUCAACGUCAACAUCGACCACAGCUUCGACACCGCGGACGACGGCAACAGCACCACCACCAGCGGGAGCUACACGGUCGAUGACCUCUCACCCCGGGGAAUCAAUCUACACAGUUAUCUCCCCGAGCAGGCCGUGGUCUGAUGGAACCGGAAGUGCGUCCAUCUCGCGGGGGAAACCCUCGUGGUCAACAUCAAAGUUAACGCCUCGUUUUGAAUACAAUGGUGGGAGUUUGUUUCACGUGGCUUUUGUUUAAUCGUGACACUUGCUAAACGUGACAAGCGUUUAACGUGGCAGUUAAACGUUCAACGUGACAAGCGUUUAACGUGACAUUUAUUCGUUCAACAAAAACAUCUGUUCAAAGUAAAAGCUUCUUGUAAUGACAGCAGCAUUUGUAGAAAUAUAGGAGAAUGCUAAAGCUCGUAUAGCUAGUCAAAAAUGCCACAUGUACUAAAAGUAAUCGAGAAAUCAAUAUUGACUAUUGAUUACUUGAAUUGAACUGGGAUUUAAUUCUCAAGCGUGAAGCAGAGAAACUGGGAUUAAAUUCUCAAGAAUACAGCGGAGAGAGGACACAUCUGUUGUUCGGGCUAUUCAACGCACACAAUCAUCUAAACACAAAGAUCUCGUGUUCUCCCAGGUAUUUGAACUCAGUCCGCAGUGAACUGAACUACCUCGGAUAUCUAACCCACUACCGCUAUCGCCACCAUCUCAACCAAAAUCACCAUAUCUACUUUGCAAUCAAAUUAUGCAAAAUAAAAAAUCAAAAGAUAUACAUUUUAAAUUUAUUAGUUUUGUGUUUUUAAUACUUACUACACCUCAAGUAAGUUUUAUGUCAACUAAACUUUAUACAAUUUAUGUCGGAAAUGUGGUCGGGAAUUGUUCCUAAGAUUUCCGAUGGACUGUAGUUCCCAAUACGACUCAAAUACAGGAAAUUAUCGACAAAUCAACUUUAUGAAAGUCAAUUAAAAAGAUGUAAACAAGAUAGGCCAAAUUUUGUAAAAAUGGGCUGCUGAAAACAUCGCACGCCUUGGGUAAAUAAAUUGUUAAUAUCGUAAAUACACCACGAUGUACGACCUAUUGCUGGUAUAUUUUAUCCUUUGGCGUGUUGUCCAUUUAAAUUGUCUAAAAAAUCAAAUAUUGUAAUAUACUGAUCAUUCACAAACAUGUAUAUCUAAGCUAACGAUGUUUUGCCAUUAAAUCGUUUAGCUAUACAGAAUUGAUGUCGAGACGUUAAAGCAAAAAAUACAUGUAUUAGAUUCUAUAUCCCAAGUGUGAAAAUGUAUAAAAAAAAAACCUUGACCAUACUUAAUAAAAUUACAAUACUUUAUUUAUAAACCCUAAUAAAUCUGCAAAGUCGAGUGAUAUCGAGCUAAAUUAAAUCUUUAUUUUUCGUUAAAUUCUAAAAACAACGAACUUGUUUCAGCAAAAAUUCUUAGUUUCAAAACUAUUUUCCCCGGAAAGUUUACUUGAAAAAAAAAUGUGAAGAUAUAUCUAACCGCUUGCCCGUCUCAACACUCAGCUUAUCUGUAAUCUGUUGAAACAUGGCGCACUUUUUUUUCUCUCUCUAGCUCCCGUGGGAGGGCGGGGGGUUAAGGCACGUGUAGAUAUACAAGUGUACAUCUAGAUUUAAACUGUGUACAUGUGUACACGCCAUAUGUAUAUCGUGUACAUUAAUUGACAGUAUUAUUGUUGUUAUUGACUUGUUUGCCAAUGUAAAUUAAAGCUUAUCAUUUUGUUUUGGUAUGUUUGCAGACAAAGUUUUAGUUUUUUAAAAACUUGUUUUUUUUUGUCAUUGUUUAGUUCGUGUGUUGUGUGUAAAUGAUUGGGGUCGGGGAAGAUAGGAGUGUGGUGUGAGAAA